CUUUCGUAUCUCAGUAGACAGUUUAUUAUGGAUUUAUAAAACGCGAACAAGAAGGUGACAAAAUUUCUAUUUCAAUUUAUUAUGGAGGUCAUAAAAGUUAUACAUUAGACACUUGUGUCUCACAGAAGAUGGAAUAUCAUAGUAGCCAUUACGCAUUCAUAGUAUAUCUUGGGACGAACCAUUAUGGUAUAUCUUGGGACGAACCAUUAUGGCUUCGAAAGCACUAAUGGUUAUGCCUGGUAGUUGCCACUUCUUCUACAAACAUACCAGAGCUUGUUUGGUUUUUCAUUACAUACAGCCGAUAGAGAGAAUACUAAAAUUGUUAUACAUUAUUAUUGAAAUCAAAGAUCCACCGCUGUAACUGAUCUUUGAGCUUUUUUGUUUUGUGUAUGUAUUAUAAUCCAAUAGUAUAGCUGUGUAUUUGUUGCCUAUGAUUUUGCUUUAACACUGUGAAUUAGCACCCUCCCCCAUAAUGAGUUCCAUAUCAUCCAGAUCAAUCAUAUCUACUCCAGUGGAAAUACCAGAAUUUGUUGAAAUAGAUCUCAGAAACAAUAGUUGCCCUAUUUGUCGGAAUGUGUUGAGAGACUGUGUACAGUUGCCUUGCGGGCAUAAGACUUGUGAAUCCUGUAUUGAUCAGUUAUUUAAUAAUUCUAUUUCGGAAGGAACAUGUCCAGUGAAUGAUGAAGACUGUUUUUCUUUUUCAAGAAAUGAUGUUGUUCCAGAUUAUGGCACCAGAAGAGAAAUUCUUAAAUCAAAAGUAUAUUGUCCAUACAAGACAAAUGGAUGUGCCACUGUCAUAGAGUGGCAAAAACUCCAGAACCAUAAAGAAAGCUGUGAACAUAAACCUAGAGAAUGUCCAAACAAAAAUGAUGGUUGUCAAGCAAUUCUUUCAUUUAAAGAUAUAACAGAUCAUAUUACCAACCAUUGUCUGUACUCUCUUGUAUCCUGUUCACAUUGUCAAUCACCUGUCAUGAGAAAAGACCUUCAGAAUCACCAUGACGAUUGCACAAGAUUUCCUAUCUCAUGUAAAUUUCAUUGUGAUGUAGGAGAACUACCAAGAGAGGAGAUGAAAGUUCAUGAGAAUUCAUGCCCAAAGAAGCUUGCAAAGUGUCCAUAUGCUAGUGCUGGCUGUACAUUUGAGGGAAAAGAAAAUGAAAUAAAAGAGCAUGAAAAAACAGCACUUGUUUAUCAUCUGUCUUUAAAUCAAGAUUAUGCUAAAAAUAUGGAACAACAAAACUUCAAUAUACAGCAAGAGAUGCAGAUUCUUAAAGACCAGAAAGUACAUAUGGAAGAAGAAAUAAUAGCCACCAGAAAUGAUUAUAGAACUUUGGUACAACAUUAUGAAGGUUUGAAAAAGGAAUAUGUAGAUUUUCAGAUGAGAGUUGUCUCAACUGUAGAAAAAGUGUUUGGGAUGGAAGAAUUAUUAAAAAACGUUCCAAGUAAACAUACAACUGACAACCUUGGACGGGAAUUAAGAUCAUUAAAAGACAAUCAGGAAGAAUUAAAUCGAAAACUAUCAGACUUUGAUAGACAAGGUUUCACAAGUGGAGACACAAGACGUGGAAACACAGAUCCUAGUACCACAGAGGCACUUAAAAAACAAAUUUCAAAUUUGGAGAAACAAGCAGCAAUUCAGGACAUUCGUUUGGCAGAAUUAGAUUUAAGGUUUCAAAUCUUAGAAACUGCAAGCUAUAAUGGCAUUCUUAUUUGGAAAAUAAUGGAUUUCGCUCGUAGAAAAAAUGAUGCUGUAAGUGGUCGCACAUAUUCGUUAUUUAGUCAACCUUUUUAUACCGGACGAUUUGGAUAUAAGAUGUGUGGAAGAGUAUAUUUGAAUGGUGAUGGAAUGGGAAAAGGAACACAUUUAUCACUUUUCUUUGUUGUUAUGAAGGGAGAGCAUGAUGCACUUAUGCCUUGGCCUUUUCAACAAAACAUUCAAAUGGGACUGUUAGAUCAGCAAGACGGUUCACAACCAGUAUCCGAUAGCUUUAGGCCAGACACUUCCAGCUCUAGUUUCCAGCGACCAACAACAGACAUGAAUACUGCAGUAGGAUGCCCAAUGUUUGUUUCUCAUGCAAAAUUAGAAACAAGAAAAUACCUGAGAGAUGAUACAAUAUUUUUGAAAAUUGCUGUUGAUACAUCAGGUCUGCCACAUCAUUAGCAACUCAUUAUGGGGGAGGGUGUCAAGUCUUGCCACAUCUUCCUAUCCAGUUUGUAUGGACUAAAAACAUUCAUACAAACUUGACAGGAUAAUGUAGCAGGCUUGUUUCUGUCUUUCUAGGGGGUGGAUUAUUUGGACAGCUUUUACAGGAAACAUAAGAAAACAAAUAAAAAUCUGAAGUUAUAUUUUUUAUUAAAUUCAAUCAAAUUUGAAUGUAUAUUGCUUAAAUAAGAUUUUUUUUUAAUAACAUAGUAAAAGUUUGCAGUAUAAAGAAAAUAUUUCUAUCAAAAACUUUAUUUCAGUACCUCAUUUUUAAUUUUUUCAAAUUACUAGUAAGAAAGAGUUGACUUUGAAUACCACUUAGAAUUAUCUCCCAUACAUCAGUGCUCAGAAGUUUAAUGAAAAAAAAUCUUAAAGUGUUUUUAUUUAUAUAUUAUUUGAAUUUUGCCUAUUUUUCAAGUUUUUUUAAGUGAAAAAUGUUUUCAGAAACAGAAGCUUUUCCAUUGCAAUUUACUGAGCUAGUGAUAUUUAUCCACAGGAAAUAGUAAAUGAAUCUUCAAAUUUUUUUCAGAAAGUAUUCACAAUAAAUCAAAGUUGAAUUUUAUAAUAAUAGAGCUUUUUCAUCUCAAAAUUUUACUGAGAAGUAAAUUGUUUCAAAUUAAUUAUGGUAUGUUACAAGAAAAGGUCACCUGCCUUAAACUGACUACAAACGUUGUUGCAAUGGUGGAAAUCUUUUUUUCCAAUUUCUCAGUUUAAAGGAAGGAAUCAUAAACCAAGCUUGGAAAUAUGUGGCCCAUUUGAAAAGUCAAACCUUUCUGAAUUAGCAUAUUAAUAAGCAAGAGAAUAGAUAAACAGAAGAUCAUCAGACAUUCCGUUUAAUGGCUUCAAUUGAAACACUAGUUUUGAAAUAAGAAUAAAAUUUUACAAUUUAUUUCUCAUUUAAUCUAGUUUAGUUGAAGUUUGAAAUUUAUAUAAGAAAUGAUCUUUUCAUAGCUUAGAUUCCUUGUCCGUGUUUGGCUUUACUUUUGGCCCUUUUUGGUUUUAUCAGCUCUUCAACAUUUGUAUUAAGUUUUGGACUUUUAAAAUGGCCUUCAGUAUCACUGAAAAGACAUUUAUUGUUGAAAUUUGCAUCUAGUGCAAUAAAAUUGGUACUGAUAAAGUUAUUACAUAUUUUGUCUAAAACUUAAUAAAAUGAUUUUCAUUAUUUAACCGGCUAAAUUCUUUUCUCUCAACUUUAUAUGAGCAAAAUCAGAUUGAGAUGAGCUUUUAUCUUUUUUGUUAUUAUAGUUUAUAAAUCUGCUUCAAAAAAGGUAAAUUGAUUGAUUUGAAUCAGUACUGCUAAAAAACUGUUUUGAUGCAUAACAUAAUGAAAUACUCAUGUGUUACUUAAAUAUUAAUUGCUUAUUAAAGGCAAAAAUAUACCAUCAUGCAAUUCUUUAGUUUCCAUGUAAAUGCUGUCCCUCUGAAAUUUCAAGAAAAAUUUAAAACUACAAAUGCAUUUGAACUUCUUUGUUUUUUUCUUUCGUAAUUUAGUCCUAGAAUGGGUUUGGUUUUUAAAAUUAAAGAGAAAUCUCGAUAUUAAACUAUGAUCAACUGAAUCCUUGUGGAACAGUUAUUCUCAGUUUCUAAAAAACUCAGUUUAAACUUAUUUCUAUAGUUUUCCUAUCUUUGAUAGAGAAUUUAGAAUUUUUCAGAAAAAGACAUAUUUCAAUGGAUGUAAGUUGACAAAAAAAAUAUACAUAUGUAUUUGUCAAAUUUUAUAAGUAUGUUGUUACAUUUCCUUGGUAAAAACAAUCUUCAGAAUAGAAAUUGGAACACAUAACUUUCUUUUUGUGAAUAAUCAUACAGACUUGUGAUGGGUUGAUGUGGCAGACUUUAAACUACGAAUUAUCUUGAAAGAUCUCAAAUGAGACUUCAAUUUGUUGUAAUAGUUAUGUUUGUUCUUCAAGUAUGAACAUGCAUAACAACUAUCUUGGUAACAAGGAAAUACAUUUUGCAAGAAAUAUUGGAUUUAGUGACUUAUGAUUUUGACGAAUACUAUACUUGUGUUUCUACAUGGCAUUAAACCUGUGAACUUGAAUUAAAAUCUAGGAGAUGUCAUGAUUAUUUAUCCUGAAUGACAAGAAUGAGUGUUAUUAGAUGUUGAUCCUGUGAGAAAUUUGCAACUAUUCUAAAUAUUUUAAUGAGUGUAAAUAUACGCAUAAUUGUUGUUAAAAUCCAAAAAGAAAGAGAUCGCUGUGCGUGCUGCUGUGUAGUUGAGAUAUAAAGUUUAACAACAUAAUUAUUAUAAAUGCAUGAGCUUUUAUGAAGUAAUGAAUGUGAAAAGAAAAGAAAAUGUAAUACUGUUUAAAAGGUUAGUUGUAAAUACAACUGAUGAAUACUAAACUUGUAUCUGUAUAUAUGCAGCACUUCCUGGUAUUCAACGAUUGAUAAAAGACAAAGUCUGGUGGUAUAAAUUUGUUCAAACUAUUAUAUGAUCUCGAUGUGAUUUCUGAACAAUGCAAGUUUUUCAAUUGAUGUUAUUGUUCAUAUGUCAAAAAACAAGGGCAAUUGAAUGGGGUUCAUGUUUCCUGGAGUAGAUAUUUAUGGAAGAAGUUAUCAGUAUUAUAUACAUCUUAUUAACUUCAUGUCAAAUGCAUUUUAUCAUGUCUAUAUUAUAUUGUUUUCAAUACAUUUAUUUAUGCUGCAGAUAGAACACUUCCUGUUGUCUUUAUCUACUAGAUAUAGUAACAAAGGGAUAUUUCAUGCAAUGUUGAUUUCAUGACAUGUCACUUUUCAUCACAAUCGUGGGUAUGUUUAGGGAUGGAAAAUAAGUUUAAUUUUUGUGUUAGCUUUCUCCUAAAUAUGUUUGUAGCAAUUUUUAUCUGCAGUAUAAAAACAAUAUUAGGUCAAUGUCAGAAAAAUAUCAACUUUUUUGUAUUUGGCAUGAAACUUAAACGGCUUGGUUAACCUUGCCCUUCCCCAGUUUCUAAGCCUCAUACUAAAAAGUUGAUAUUUUCUAACAUUGACCUUAUAUUGUAUAUUUUUAGUUUUCAUCAUAGCCAGAAAUAAACAUUGCUUGAUAUUGCAAAUUAUAGCCUAUAACAAAAAUCAUAGAUUGUACAUACUUUUCUGUUCCUUAGAAUUUGAAAUGUUCUUUUUUUUCAAUAUAAUUAUAAAUAAUUUGCUUUU